CCAGCACUGACCCUCUGAGUAUUCUACAGUUCAUCCUAGUCCCAUCUUCAGCUCUGCGUUUACUGAUUCUCUGUGCAUCUGUGGAACUCAAGAGAUCACAAUGGGUGAUGCUAUAAUGGCAGAGUUUGGAAAAGCAGCUCCCUACCUAAGGAAGUCAGAGAAAGAACGACUUGAAGCUCAGACAAGACCUUUCGACAUCAAAACUGAAUGCUUUGUGGUGGAUGAAAAAGUAGAAUAUGUCAAGGGUCAAAUCACCAGCAAGGAGGGAGGGAAGGUGACCGUUAAGACAGAGGAUGGGAGGACCGUAACUGUCAAAGAGACAGACGUUCAUCCUCAGAACCCACCUAAAUUUGAUAAAAUUGAAGAUAUGGCGAUGUUCACUUUCCUACACGAGCCUGCAGUGCUGUUUAACCUCAAAGAGCGUUAUGCAGCCUGGAUGAUUUACACUUACUCAGGGUUGUUUUGUGUAACAGUCAACCCCUACAAAUGGCUGCCUGUGUAUGAUGCGGAGGUUGUUGCUGCUUACAGAGGUAAGAAGAGAUCAGAAGCUCCUCCUCAUAUCUUCUCCAUUUCAGAUAAUGCUUAUCAAUACAUGCUAACUGACCGGGAAAACCAGUCUGUCCUCAUCACUGGAGAAUCUGGUGCUGGGAAGACUGUUAACACCAAGAGAGUAAUCCAGUAUUUUGCAAGUAUUGCAGCUGCUGGUGGUGCUGCCAAGAAGGACUCCAACAAAGGCACCUUGGAGGACCAAAUCAUUCAGGCCAAUCCUGCACUCGAAGCCUUCGGAAAUGCCAAAACAGUGAGAAAUGACAACUCGUCUCGCUUUGGAAAGUUUAUCCGCAUUCAUUUUGGAACAAGUGGUAAACUGUCUUCAGCUGACAUCGAAACAUACUUGCUGGAAAAGUCACGUGUGACCUUUCAGCUAAAAGCAGAAAGGAACUACCACAUCUUUUUCCAGAUAUUAUCCAACGCAAAGCCUGAGCUGCUGGAUAUGCUGUUGAUUACAAAUAAUCCCUAUGAUUACUCUUACAUCUCCCAAGGAGAGGUAACUGUUGCAAGUAUCAAUGACAGCGAGGAGUUGUUAGCUACCGACAAUGCCUUUGAUGUGCUUGGCUUCACUCCAGAUGAGAAGAUGGGAGUCUACAAACUGACUGGUGCUAUCAUGCAUUAUGGCAAUAUGAAGUUCAAGCAGAAGCAGCGUGAGGAACAGGCAGAGCCUGAUGGUACAGAAGCUGCUGACAAAUCAGCCUACCUAAUGGGGCUGAACUCUGCAGAUCUUCUGAAAGGACUCUGUCAUCCAAGGGUCAAGGUAGGAAAUGAGUAUGUCACGAAAGGUCAAGGCGUGGAUCAAGUGUACUACUCACUUGGUGCGCUGGCAAAGGCAGUGUAUGAGAAGAUGUUCAGCUGGAUGGUGGCAAGAAUCAACCAGUCCCUUGACACAAAACAGCAUCGGCAAUAUUUCAUUGGUGUACUAGAUAUUGCUGGAUUCGAAAUCUUUGAUUUCAACACAUUUGAGCAGCUCUGCAUUAAUUUCACCAAUGAAAAACUGCAACAGUUUUUCAAUCACCACAUGUUUGUCUUGGAGCAAGAGGAGUACAAAAAGGAAGGAAUCGACUGGGAGUUCAUUGACUUUGGGAUGGAUUUGCAAGCUUGCAUUGAUCUGAUUGAAAAGCCCCUUGGGAUCAUGUCUAUUUUGGAGGAAGAGUGCAUGUUUCCAAAAGCAAGUGAUCAGACCUUCAAAGCAAAACUGUAUGAUAAUCAUCUGGGUAAGUCAAACAUAUUCCAGAAACCACGUGUUGUCAAGGGCAAGGCAGAGGCACACUUUGCAUUGGGUCACUAUGCUGGCACUGUUGAUUACAAUAUUACAGGAUGGCUUGUAAAAAACAAAGAUCCAUUGAAUGAAACAGUAGUUGGGCUGUACCAAAAAUCCUCUCUCAAGCUUCUAACUCAUCUAUUCUCAAGCUAUGCAGGAGCAGAAGCAGCUGAAAAAUCAGGGAAAGGGGCUAAAAAAAAGGGAUCAUCCUUUCAAACAGUGUCUGCCUUGCACAGAGAAAAUCUUAACAAACUGAUGACCAACCUCAGAAGCACUCACCCUCAUUUUGUUCGCUGUUUGAUUCCCAAUGAGACCAAGACUCCAGGAGCUAUGGACAACUGCCUUGUGAUGCACCAGCUUCGCUGUAAUGGUGUGCUGGAGGGUAUCAGAAUUUGCAGGAAAGGCUUUCCAAACAGGGUGCUCUAUGGUGAUUUCAAACAGAGGUACAGAAUUUUAAAUGCAUCAGCUAUCCCAGAAGGCCAGUUUAUUGAAAACAAGAAGAGUGCUGAGAAACUACUAGGAUCACUGGACAUUGACCAUACACAGUACAAGUUCGGCCACACAAAGGUCUUUUUCAAGGCAGGUCUGCUGGGUACCCUAGAGGAGAUGCGAGACGAGCAACUUGCCCGCAUUAUUACAAGGAUACAAGCUAAUGCUCGGGCUCUGCUUAUGAGGGCAGAAUAUCAGAAGCUGGUAGAACGCAGAGAUGCCCUAAUGGUCAUUCAGUGGAACCUUCGCUCUUUCCUGAGUGUUAAAAACUGGCCUUGGAUGAAAAUGUUCUUUAAGAUAAAGCCCCUACUUAAGAGUGCUGAGGCCGAGAAAGAGAUGGCAAACAUGAAGGAUGAAUUCAAUAAAUUAAAAGAUGCUCUGGAUAAAUCUGAUGGCCGUAGGAAAGAGUUAGAAGAGAAAAUGGUCACACUUCUUCAAGAAAAGAAUGAUUUGCUUCUCCAGCUGCAAUCGGAGCAAGAUACGCUGACAGAUGCUGAGGAACGCUGUGAACAGUUGAUAAAAAGCAAGAUUCAACUGGAGGCUAAAGUAAAAGAGCUGACUGAGCGAAUUGAAGAUGAGGAGGAGAUAAAUGCAGACCUCACAGCCAAAAAACGCAAGUUGGAGGAUGAAUGCUCUGAGCUUAAGAAAGACAUAGAUGACCUUGAACUCACACUAGCCAAGGUUGAGAAAGAGAAGCAUGCCACUGAGAACAAAGUGAAGAACCUCACUGAGGAAAUGGCCUCCCAGGAUGAGAUGAUUAUGAAGCUCACAAAAGAGAAAAAAGCUCUACAGGAGGCUCACCAGCAGACAUUAGAUGACCUUCAGAGUGAGGAGGAUAAAGCAAAUACUUUGUCAAAAGCCAAAGCUAAGCUUGAGCAGCAAGUUGAUGACCUUGAGGGAUCCCUUGAACAAGAAAAAAAGGUUAGGAUGGAUCUUGAACGUGCCAAGAGAAAGCUAGAGGGAGAUCUGAAAAUGGCUCAAGAGAAUACAAUGGAUUUGGAGAAUGAUAAACAGCAGCAGGAGGAGAAACUGAAAAAGAAAGACUUUGAAAUAUGUCAACUGAAUGGAAAGAUUGAGGAUGAGCAGAUGGCUGUGGUGCAACUACAGAAAAAAUUAAAAGAAAACCAAGCUCGAAUUGAGGAGCUAGAGGAAGAGCUGGAUGCUGAGCGUGCAGCCCGUGCAAAGGUGGAGAAACAGCGUUCCGAUCUCUCACGAGAAUUAGAAGACAUUAGUGAACGUCUUGAAGAGGCAGGUGGAGCCACAUCUGCUCAGGUGGAGCUCAACAAGAAAAGGGAGGCUGAGUUUCAGAAGCUGCGCAGGGAUCUCGAGGAAUCUACUCUUCAGCAUGAAGCCACUUCUGCUGCUCUUCGAAAGAAGCAUGCUGAUAGUGUGUCCGAACUAGGAGAACAAAUUGACAAUCUGCAGCGUGUUAAGCAAAAGUUAGAGAAAGAUAAGACAGAACUGAAGUUGGAGUUGGAUGACUUGGCCUCAAACAUGGAGAGUAUAGUGAAAGCCAAGGUGAAUCUUGAAAAGAUGUGCCGUUCACUGGAGGAUCAAAUGAAUGAAUAUAGGGCCAAAGCUGAGGAGGCCCAUAGAGCUCUUUCUGACUUCUCAACGCAUAGAGCCAAGCUGCUGACAGAAAAUGGAGAACUUGGACGACAGUUGGAGGAGAAAGAAUGCCUCAUCUCGCAACUUACAAGAGGAAAGAGCUCUUAUACCCAACAACUAGAAGACAUGAGAAGACAACUUGAAGAAGAAGUGAAAGCAAAGAAUGCAUUAGCACAUGCUGUGCAGUCUGCUCGUCAUGACUGUGACUUGCUAAGGGAGCAGUUUGAGGAGGAACAGGAGGCAAAAGCAGAACUCCAGCGGGCACUGUCAAAGGCAAAUACCGAAGUCGCAACCUGGCGAGCUAAGUAUGAGACUGAUGGUAUUCAGAGAACAGAAGAACUAGAGGAGGCGAAAAAGAAACUUGUUCAAAGACUACAAGAGGCAGAAGAGGCAGUAGAAGCAGUCAAUGCAAAGUGUUCCUCUCUUGAAAAAACUAAGCAUCGGCUGCAAAAUGAGAUUGAAGAUCUCAUGCUAGAUCUUGAACGCUCAAAUGCGGCUUCUGCUGCUCUGGACAAGAAACAGCGGGCCUUCGACAAAAUCAUCGCAGAGUGGAAGCAGAAGUAUGAGGAGUCACAGUGUGAACUGGAAGCAUCCCAGAAAGAAGCACGAAACCUCAGUACCGAACUAUUCAGACUGAAAAAUGCUUAUGAGGAAUGUCUUGAUCAACUUGAGACUAUCAAACGGGAGAACAAAAAUCUGCAAGAAGAAAUUUCAGACCUGACAGAUCAGCUUGGUGAAGGAGGCAAGAGUGUUCAUGAACUUGAAAAACUUAGGAAACAACUGGAACAAGAGAAAGCAGAGCUGCAAUCAGCACUGGAGGAAGCUGAGGCCUCUGUAGAGCAUGAAGAGGGCAAGAUCCUGCGGGCCCAGCUUGAGUUCAAUCAGGUAAAAGCUGACAUUGAAAGAAAGUUGGCAGAGAAGGAUGAGGAGAUGGAGCAGGCAAAGAGGAACUACCAACGAAUGGUAGAAUCCCUACAGUCCUCUCUUGAAGCAGAAACAAGAAGCCGCAAUGAAGCAUUGAGAGUCAAGAAAAAGAUGGAGGGAGACCUCAAUGAGAUGGAAAUCCAACUAAGUCAGGCCAACAGACAGGCAGCUGAUGCCCAGAAACAACUGAAGAUAGUCCAGUCAUAUCUGAAGGACACUCAGCUUCAACUGGAUGAUUCUGUUCACAUGAAUGAUGAUCUCAAAGAGAACUCUGCCCUCUUAGAACGCAGAAACAACCUCCUUCAAGCAGAGCUUGAGGAGUUAAGGGCCGUGGUGGAGCAAACUGAGAGGGGGCGCAAACUAGCUGAGCAGGAGCUUACAGAUGCAACAGAGAGGACGCAGCUACUGCAUUCUCAAAACACUAGCCUUCUCAAUCAAAAGAAAAAGCAAGAGGCUGAUUUGCUACAACUUCAGACUGAGAUGGAAGAAGCCAUACAAGAGAAACGCAAUGCUGAAGAGAAGGCAAAGAAAGCCAUAACUGAUGCAGCUAUGAUGGCUGAGGAGUUGAAGAAAGAGCAAGACACCAGUGCCCAUCUUGAGAGAAUGAAAAAGAACAUGGAGCAGACAAUUAAAGACUUGCAGCACCGCUUGGAUGAGGCUGAACAAGUAGCUAUGAAGGGUGGGAAGAAACAGCUCCAGAAACUGGAAGCGCGCAUACGUGAUCUUGAGAAUGAGCUGGAAGCAGAGCAAAAACGAGGUACCGAGUCCAUAAAAGGAGUUCGCAAGUAUGAACGCCGCAUUAAGGAACUCACCUAUCAGACAGAAGAGGAUCGUAAGAAUAUGGCAAGACUUCAAGAUUUGGUGGACAAGUUACAGCUGAAAGUGAAGUCAUACAAGCGCUCUGCAGAGGAAGCUGAGGAGCAAGCAAAUGUCAACCUGGCCAAGUUACGAAAACUACAGCACGAGCUGGAAGAGGCAGAGGAGCGUGCAGAUAUUGCAGAAUCCCAGGUGAACAAGCUGCGUGCCAAAACUAGGGAUGGUGUGCCUGGUAAAAAAUCCCAGGAUGAGUAACAUUAACGUCACUAAAAACGCACCCUGAUUGUGCAAGUGUCUAAUUACUGUUUGUUUAUCAGUUUAAAUGUCUAGAUUGUUUGUAAUAAAGUCAAAGAC